CGGCGCGCUGGGCACGGCCCUCCCACGGCGCCCUGGCCGCAGCGCCAACGCUAAGUUUGCGCCCGGGUAGUUGGCGUCCGAUAGUGUCCCCCGGCCUCGCCACUAGAUCCCCGCGAGCGAGGCGGCCGUAAACCCCGCGAGGCGGCCACCCACGAGCAUUUGGGCGGAAGGACGCCGAGUAGGGUGGCGCGGGCCGUGGCCGGGGCAGCCGCCUCCCGAAGAUGCAGGAUGGCAGCCGCGCCGCCUUCCAGCCUCUCCUACCGCACCACGGGCUCCACCUGCCUGCACCCGCUCAGCCAGCUCCUGGGUAUCCCGCUCGACCAGGUGAAUUUUGUGGCAUGCCAGCUUGUUGCUUUGUUUGCCGCUUUCUGGUUUCGAAUCUACUUAAGUCCUGGUAAAACCAGUCCCGAGGUCCGGCACACAUUUGCCACCAUUUUUGGCAUUUAUUUUGUCAUCUUUUGUUUUGGCUGGUACUCUGCACACCUGUUUGUGCUGGUGUUAAUGUGCUAUGGAAUCAUGGUCACUGCAAGCAUAUCCAAUAUUCCCAGAUACUCCUUUUUUGUAGCCAUGGGAUACCUUACAAUAUGUCACAUCAGCAGAAUAUACAUCUUCCACUAUGGAAUUCUCACUACAGAUUUUUCUGGGCCCCUGAUGAUUGUCACUCAGAAGAUCACAACCUUGGCCUUCCAAGUUCAUGACGGAUUAGGUCGAAGAGCUGAGGACCUCUCUGCUGAGCAACAUCGACUUGCUAUAAAAAUAAAACCCUCUUUUUUGGAAUACUUAAGCUACCUUCUCAACUUCAUGAGUGUCAUAGCGGGCCCUUGUAACAAUUUCAAGGACUAUACAGCCUUCAUUGAGGGGAGACAUAUACAUAUGAAGUUGCUGGAAGUGAACUGGAAGCAAAAAGGUUUCCACAGCCUGCCAGAACCUUCUCCCACUGGAGCUGUGAUACACAAGUUGUGCAUGACCUUGGUGGCUCUCCUUCUGUUUUUGACGCUCACGAAGACCUUCCCUGUCACCUGCCUGAUGGACGACUCGUUUGUUCAUAGAGCAAACUUUCUGACUCGACUUGGCUACUUAUAUGUUGUCAUGCAAGCCUCAAAGCCCAAGUAUUACUUUGCCUGGACGUUAGCUGAUGCAGUGAAUAAUGCAGCUGGCUUUGGGUUCAGCGGCGUGGAUAAGAAUGGAAAUUUCUGUUGGGAUCUGCUUUCUAACCUGAACAUCUGGAAGAUUGAGACUGCCACAAGUUUCAAAAUGUACUUAGAAAACUGGAAUAUUCAGACAGCUAUUUGGCUAAAGCGAGUGUGCUAUGAGCGGGUCCCCUGGUACCCCACGGUGCUCACCUUCAUCCUGUCGGCCCUGUGGCAUGGUGUCUAUCCUGGGUACUAUUUCACCUUCUUAACUGGAAUCCUGGUCACGCUAGCAGCCAGAACGGUGAGGAACAACUAUAGAUAUUACUUCCUUUCUUCAAGAACCCUUAAGUUGGUUUAUGAUGUGGUCACCUGGGCUGUCACUCAGCUGGCCGUCUCGUACACGGUGGCGCCUUUUGUUAUGUUGGCGAUUGAACCAACCAUCAGUUUAUACAUGUCCAUGUACUUUUAUUUACACAUCAUAAGUCUCCUGAUAAUACUAUUUCUGCCUGUCAGACCACAAGCUCAUAUGCAAAGGCAGCCUCAGACUCUGAACUCUGUUAAUAAGAAAAAAGCAGAUUGAUAUCUCCAAGCAAAGCGGGACAAAGAAAACUUCAACACAUUGUGAAGAUGAUAUGAAAAGGCUCAAGCGUUCUCCAGUGACUUACAGGCAAUGUUUACAUGUAUCUUUUUUUUUUUUUUAAGUGCAGGGAGUAUUUUUAUAAAGCCUUUUUUGUACUAUUAAAUCGGCCAUGUCCAGUUGAUUUUUAACAUUUUAUAGGACAUUUGUGUGGUGUGGAGGUGUGUGGAGAACAUAAUAGAGCUGCAGAAACGGUCCAUUCUGGGCUGCUGGGUCUUUGCUUUUCUGGAAUGAUUUCCAGCCACUGCAGUCUGGAUGUUGGGACCCAUGCAUCUGCUCCAGAAGUGAGAAGGUGAUUGCUGAGAAGACUUGUCGUAGGUUUCGUAAACUAGAACCUACCCACAUCUGGUUGUUCCUUGGGAAGCUCCAGAUCAUUUGACUUGUGUGUGACAUUACUGUUGCGAACACAGCUACACUCAGAAGGUUGUGGAGAGUGUUUUUCAGGGUACUGAGAACUCUGCGAGCCGGGAUGCCUCACCAUGAGCACUUGAAUGGACUGAAAGUCAGGCAUUCCCUAACGUAGGCUGCAUUUCUUUUCCGGGGAUGUAUCUCUUCCCUUUUUCUUCUGAACUGAGCCAAGAUUGGAAAUCAGAAAGUCUCCUCUACACAUAUGCCAGGAGUGUAGGGGGGGCUGCUGUUUUCCAGAUGUUUUUCCAUGGCCCAUAUGCCAUCUGCUUGCUCAGGGGUGAACCUGAGAAAGCACCCCAGAGUUCACACCAUCCAAGGCAGCAGACUAUCUUCUAAGGAAAUAAUUAUUCUAAAAAAGUACUUUAAAGUUAUAUAGAAGUUUGUUAAGAAGCAACAGAUAUUUUGCUCUUUUCUCCCUGCAUUUCAUAGAGGUGUGAAUGCCCACGGCCAUGAUGCAUGCACAGGCUGACUUCCUCUUUUCCAGUUUCUUAGCUGGUUAAAUCUGACUUUGUAUUAGUUGAACUACCAUAUUGGAAAGCAAAAGUUGAAAGUUUUCUGAUAGGAAUGUGCUAUGGCUUCUUCUAGGGACUUCUGUUGGGUACUAUUCUACAGGGGGGAAAGAAACAUGGUAUUAAAUGUUGUGGAAAAUAAUAAUAAUAAUAAUAAUAAUAAUAAUAAUGAUAAUAAUAAUAAAUUAUGUGCUACGAUGGUGUGCCCUCAAUCAAAUGCCUUGGGAGGAGAGAAUUUGUUCAAAUCA